CUGUUUUCAUAUGUUUAUAUUUGUAUUGCUGUGUGGUUCUAAGCAGAAUUCCAGCCCCCACGUUUUCAUCUGCCAUACUGCUCCAUUUUCAGUGAAUGACAUCACUGCUCCAGCAAUGCCCAAACUAUAAGGAAACCCGAGUCAAGUCUAGCAGGCAGACCACUUCAGUUUCAGCAGAGACACGGCUGGAAUGCCUGAAUCUCAGGCAGGACAUACAUAGGCUGGUUACAGAAUGAGAAUGGACAGCUGUAAAAAUCCCAGAGUACUGACUGCUGCAGUUGUCUUCCUUCUGCUGGCUAUUGCUGCUGCAGCAGCCUGGAUCAUCCUGCUUACCUUAAAGGUUAACACUUUAAGUGUGGAACUUGAGCACCUUAAGUCAGUGGAAGUCCAGAGAGCCCACAAUGAAUCCAUAGUCGCCGUCAAGGUGAAUAAGGAAUUACAAGCACAAGUGCCAGAUGAGGGAAACGAUGACAGCAUUUCUAAGCUGAAUGCCAGUUUGCUAGCAUGCCAAGCUGAAGGUAUUAUUUUGCAACAGAAUGUGACAGAUUUGAAGGCGCAAGUUGAUGAAUUAAGCCAUGAAAAGUCAAGGAUUAUCAAAGAACUAACAUCACUGCAAGGCAACAUAACAGCGCUGAAGGAAGAAGUAUCAACCUUACAACUUCAGAACUUUAAUCUGACAGAGACAACUGAAAAAUUACAAAAUGACACACACAGACUGGAGAUGGAAUUGGGUAUCCUACAAAAAGAAAACAUAAUAUUGAAUUUAACAGCUAUUAUUUUACAAGAGAAUGUGACCAAACUGGAGAAUGAAGUUAAUGUACUCUCAGAAGAAAACUUAAUUUUAAACAGAACUGCUGCUGCUUUGCAAGAGAAUGUGACAAAACUAGAGAAUGAAGUUGCUGAACUUUUAGAUGAAAACUUAAUUUUGAACAAGACUGCCUCUGCUUUGCAAGAGAAUGUAACUAAACUGGAGAAUGAAGUUGCUGACCUAGCGGAAGAAAACUCAGUUUUGAACAAGACUGCCUUUGCUUUGCAAGAAAAUGUAACAGCCACGGAAAUGAAAAUCCUCGACCUAGUGAAAGAAAAUGCACAUCUGCGGAAUACAUCUUCUCUUUUGCUAGUGAACUUAACAGCCCAGUUGAAUGAAACCAAUGUCCUGCAGGAAGAAAUCGCUAUAUUAAAGAAGGAAAAUGCAAGGAUUCCGUACAUUAUCGCCAACUUCACAGCAUUGCAUCAUGAGAUGAGGAACAUAACAAGUGAUUUGGAAGAGUGUAACCAACGAUAUGAAGAGACAGAGAAGAGACGCAUACAAGAGAUGAGUGAGAUAAAUCAGCAAAUGAAUAAAACAAGAGAAGAACAGUAAGAAAUCAUUAUUCAUUC